AUGUCCCAUCAGUUCCACGUCGGCGGCGCAAGCCACGCCCUCCUGGAUCCAUGGGUUCACGGCGUCGGCGUCAUGAGAGAUGUCUUCUCCCGGUGGUCCGAGCUCGACAUCACGCAAAUCGGAUCCCUCAUCGCCAUCGCGGGGACUAUCCCGACGGCCUGGCGGUUCCUGCAGCACGCCUGGCGCGAAGUCUAUGGCUGCAUCCGUCGUUUCUUCCUUGCUUCCGUCACAAUUCCCGGAGGUGAUCCGGUCAACCGCAGCGUCGUGAAAUGGGUUUUUGCCAACCGGCCUCAACAUUACCGAUCCUUCACCGGCCGUACCGAGGUCGGUCGUGGAGGCGCCGAUCGAGCUGCUGCGCUGAAGAAGACGAAGCAUGCCGUGCAGUAUUCUCCGCAUUGGGACACGCGUUGGCUCUGGUAUGAGAGAAAUCUGCUUGUCGUCACACGCGCGGCUGGAGACUUCAGUUCUUCGUUAUCCGACCCGAGUUACGACGGCAUUGGCGGCGAGGAACUGACCAUCAGCUGCUUCGGAUGGUCUGCUGAGCCGGUGCAAAAAUUCAUCGAGACGUGCCGCGAGUAUGCGGACAGACAGACUCAGUACUUCGUCAUCAUCUACUCCCGGGAUCGCUAUGGUCUGGCUUGGAAGCCGAAAGCCCGGAAACCCUUGCGUCAUCUGGAUACCGUGCACUUUGACAAUGAAGUCAAGCAAGAUCUUUUGGCCGAUAUACGGAAUUACCUCGACCCCAAGACGCAGAUGAGAUACCAGAGCCGCAGCAUGCCCUACCGCAGAGGAUAUCUCUUCUACGGCCCCCCUGGGACUGGAAAGUCUUCACUGUCAGUGGCCAUCGCCGGCGAGUUUGGUCUAGAUCUCUAUGAAGUCAAGGUACCCAGUGUUGCAACGGACGCAGAUCUUGAGCAGAUGUUCCAAGAGAUCCCACCGCGCUGCGUCGUUCUUCUCGAAGACAUUGACGCCGUCUGGGUCGACCGCGCCAACCAACAAAGCACAAGCGGAAGCGGCCGAUCUCACUCUCCUGAUAGCAACCACUCGCAGAACUGCACGCUUUCAGGCCUCCUGAACGUCUUGGAUGGUGUCGGAUCACAAGAAGGUCGCAUCGUCAUCAUGACGACCAAUCGACCCGAACAACUCGACAGUGCGCUAGUCCGCCCGGGACGAGUGGACAUGAAAGUUCUCCUCGGCAACAUCAGCCAGAAGUCUGCCGAAGAGAUGUUUGUGCGCAUGUUCUCGCCCGACCUGGGCAGCACGUCGCUCCUGGAUAUGGAUGAGAUUCGCACCUUGGCUGGCAAAUUCGCCAGCCACGUACCAGACAACACAUUUACGCCCUCACUGUUGCAGGGUUUCUUUCAAUCACACUUGGACAGCCCCCAAGAUGCUGUCGAUAGCAUAGCGGCUUGGGUCGAGAAAGAGUUAGUCAAGACUCCAUACAAAGAGUUUGAGUUUGUUCACCCCAACGGAAGAGCAUAA